UGAGUUUUAUUACCAAAAAAAUACUCACCCCUUCUAUUAUGUGUGACUUGUAAGAUCCUUGUGAAGAUACCCUGUACGCCAAGUGGGCUCUUAAUAUACACUAGUUUUGUGAUGUUAAAAUUGACUCUCAACUAAAUAAUCCCAUAAAAAAAGUCAUGUAGUUCCCACGUCCAACAUCAAAAACAAGUCAAGAAAACUCCCUUUUCCAAAAAUUCAUUAUUACAUUUAUUCCCAAUCCUAAUCAGAUUCUCCCUACUCCUCACCCUACUACACAAGUACAAAGAAACUCCAUCCAUCAACAAAUAUUUAUUCCCUCAAAUUCCCUCAAAGAGCGUGUGUUACACACUUCGAAAGAACGUAUCUUUGGACCUUUUCCUUCAAUAAUCUAUCAGAAAAUCACCAGUCACCCCACGUUUCCUUGUUCAAAUCCAAUGAAAAUUCAGCGUGUAGUUCACGCUCCAAGACAUAGAAUGGUUUCUGUGUCUCUUAGGACAGAGAUACAAAUAUACAUACAUGUGUUUUUGUGUGUGUGUGUGAAUUAUUGGAAAAUAAGAUUUCAUUUUUGAAAAUUGAAACAGCAGAGAACACAGUACCAUUCCCAUAAAAAUCAUCUUUUAAUGAGUAUUAAAGCUGAAAACAAGAAAAUAAGAUCCACCUCGAUCGCCACCAUCUUCCGCCACCACCGUUCCCGGCGGUGACUCCCUCUUUCACACACAGACAUAUAUUACUCUAUUAUCUCCAAAAUCAAAUCUUUCUUCAAUGGAAGAUAGAGGAAGGAAAGAAUAGAAAUUUUGCCCAUAUAUGUUAUUCUAUAUUUUGAUUUAGAUUAGUUAUACAGAAUCUUGAAACUCAGAAGAAGAGAAACUCUGUCCCACAAGAAAAUUUCAUUAUAUCCAAGAAGAGGGAAUAAGUAUGAGGGAAGAGGAUUCCAAUUGGUUUGCCAAAUGGGAAGAAGAACUGCCUUCACCUGAAGAACUGAUGCCCUUAUCCCAAUCCCUAAUAACCCCUGAUCUUGCACUUGUAUUUGAUAUUCGGAACCAUAACUACCAAAGCACUCCACCUCCGCCACCGCCUCUGCUGCCUCAACCCACGGCUCUCUCCUCCCAACCCAACUCCUCAGACUCGGCUGAGUUGGGCGGAGGUGGCGGUGGAGGCGGAGGCGGGUUGGGCUCAGAUGAACCGGCGCGCACCCUGAAGAGGCCACGGCUCGUGUGGACACCACAACUCCAUAAAAGAUUUGUAGAUGCUGUGGCUCAUUUGGGGAUCAAGAAUGCCGUUCCCAAAACCAUUAUGCAGUUGAUGAGUGUGGAUGGCCUCACCAGAGAGAACGUUGCCAGCCAUUUGCAGAAAUACAGGCUUUAUCUAAGGAGGAUGUCCAGUAAUGGAAGUGCCGUUGGCAACAAUAGCCCUGGAGGUGUGGACCCUGCAACUGACCGUUUGUUCGCCAGCUCCCCUGUGCCUGCUCAUUUUUUGAACCCAAACAGGCAAAAUUCUGACCAUUUCUUGCCCUUUGUGCCGGUGGCCUCAAUGAAUCAUCAUCAUCCAAUGCCAGUGGUAGGGCCAGGGCCAGGUCCAGGGCUGCACCACUAUCCACUACAGCAAUUUAGGCAUUUGGGGACUUCACCAUCGAAUGUGCCAUUUGAACAUCCGUUCAUUAGGCCGUCCCAUCCGGUUCACAGCAGUAAUGGUUCUGUUAUUGCACCACAUCUGGAGGAUUUGGAGUCAGCUACCCCUACAAAUGGGAGGAAAGUCCUCACCCUUUUUCCAACCGGAAAUGAUUAAACGCAGGGUAAUUGUUCUGCAUUUUUCUCAUCUCCUUCGUUUCGCGUCCUAGUGAAAAAUCUGUCAUUGGAGUUUCAAUUUAGUUUUAGACUUUAACUGCCUUUUCUUGUUAAUGGCAUUUUUAGCUAUUCUGAUGCAGUAAGUUGAGUAAUUGGCAUCCAAUUGUCAUGAAAAUACCUUAUUGUAAAUCUCACUUUAUUUC